AUGAGUAUAAAAUUAAGCACGUGCUGUUUGUGCUUCCCACUGAGGACUGGCCUGCUGGUGUGGGGGUACUUUGGACUGGUGAUUAGUUACUUAUUCGUUCUGCACACACUUUGCCGAAUGACUGAUAUUCUGGACGGAGGCGAGCGGCCCGUUAACACCACCUUCAUUUAUCUUUCCAUGUCGAUGGCUUCAAUGGUAGUCCACUUCAUGUUCUACGUCUUGCUAAUUGUGGGAUUACAUAAGAAAAGCAAGACUUUACUAGAAAUAUUCUACGGCUUCAGUGUGAUAGUUAUGAUUUUAACGUCAACCAUUUCGUCGCUGUACAUCCCGCUGCAAACUUACAAGUUGUACCCGCUGGUGAAAUUCGACAUCUGGCAGAUGGUCCUCAUGUACUCUGGGAUUGCUGUUUUAUUGGCUUUGCUGCAGUUAUAUCUGGUGGUCAGCGUACGUAGUGUGAUAUCGACUUUGGAAGAAGUUAAAGAAUGUUCGACAUUGGAACCAAUCGAGGACCUUUGCGUCUUGCACAAGUAUAAUCCUUACAAAGAAUAUUACGAAGAAUGU